UGCCAUAAGCCAGUGUGGGUAAAUCGCUCAUUCGCUGUGCUGCCUUUCACCCCUAACACUUUAUUGAUCACCUGUGACCUCCUGAAUCCAGUUGAACUUCUUUUCUUGACUGCGAAAAUUUUCUUGCUAUCUGUUAGCCAGCCUUCCUGGGCUUAUCUACACAAGCCUUUGACAUAAAACCUACAUUCUUGGCAAUCUGCUUGUUUUAUAAUACUUGGCCAUGCAUGGGGGAAGCAGUGCGAGAGAAUGUUAAGUUGGGAGGUUGCCUUCAGCAGUUGAUAAUUAUCCUACGAAUGGAGAAGUGAAUGUGUCCCACGCCGAUGCUUAUUCUUCAACACCUUCAGUAUCCUUUGGAGAAGCCCACCUAGUUUGCCAAUCCAGAUCCUCCUCUGAAUCCUGUGGCAGGACGAUGGCAGCUUGAAGACUUCCCAUUGGAGCAUGGAGUGGGGGUGUGUGAAAGGAUGGGCAAGAUUCUGAAAGUACAGGCCUCGAAUAUGUGGAUAUUUUCUUUGCUUUGUGUUCUUUUAAUUACUUUGUCUGCGGAUCAUGUGGACACGAAAGCAAAGACCACGCCAUACAGCAAAUUUACGAAGAAAUCUGAAGGAAAAGAGACGCUGAAGGGCUUAAAGCCAUCCAGUGGCCUCUCUCUGGACGAAGAAGAAACCCUCCGUACAGAAAUGGCUGCCAUGGCAGAGCUCACCACUGGAUCCCCCGCCUUGGCAACCGCAGACCCCACCACUGGCCCCUCUGCCUCCUCCACAACCCGUCUCCUUCCCCUUGAGAGCUUCUCUCUGGACACGGCUAAUUUCUUUUUGAACUGCUGCCAUUGUUGUUCAUUUGUCACUGUGCAGAAAGGAGAACCCGGAAAGACUGGACAACAAGGUCCUAAAGGAGAGACUGGUGACACUGGAAGCCCAGGACCCCCAGGAACCAGUGGACCCCAAGGCCCCAAAGGUCAGAAAGGAGAGAAAGGACUAAAGGGAGACCGUGGGGACCAAGGAGCAGGUGGCAUUCCAGGAUACCCAGGAAAGCCAGGAGAGCAAGGUGCACUUGGUCUCAAGGGAGACAAAGGAAACAUCGGCCCAGCAGGAACGAAAGGACAAAAAGGCUCCAAGGGGGACCUGUGUGGGAAUGGCACCAAGGGAGAGAAAGGAGACCCUGGGGCCUCUGGGGCCCAUGGAUUCAUUGGAGAGCCUGGGGCCAAGGGCGAGAAGGGUGGUGUCGGGGAGAAAGGCUACCGUGGGGAUUCGGGGCAGAGGGGGAAAAGGGGCAGAAAGGGAGAAAGGGAUGGAGGGAGAAAAGGUAGCAGAGGUAAUGUUGGUGCAGAAGGCAAAAGGGGUUCAGAUGGUCUACCAGGGCUCAGAGGCGAUCCCGGCCCUAAAGGGGAAAAAGGAGAGACAGGUUCUCCGGGUUUCCCCGGACCUGCUGGGCCAAAAGGUGAGCUUGGAAGCAAAGGCGUUCGAGGGCCAACAGGGAAGAAGGGCUCCCGGGGUAUCAAGGGUUCCAAAGGCGAGGCCACUCAAGUCCCACAGUCAGCUUUCAGUGCCCUUUUAUCUAAGCCUUUCCCUCCCCCCAAUAUCCCCAUCAAAUUUGACAAGAUUCUUUCCAAUGACCAAGGGGAUUAUAGCCCUGUCACUGGGAAAUUUAACUGUAGUGUUCCUGGGACAUAUAUUUUUUCCUAUCAUGUUACUGUCAGGGGUCGACCUGCUCGAAUAAGCCUCAUGGCCCGCAACAGGAAGCAGUUCAAGUCCAGAGAGACGCUCUAUGGUCAGCAAGUAGAUCAGGCCUCUCUCCUCCUCGUUCUGAAAUUGAGUGCAGGAGAUCAAGUGUGGCUGGAGGUAUCAAAGGACUGGAAUGGACUGUACGUUGGCCCGGAGGAUGACAGCAUCUUCAGUGGGUUCCUUCUGUACCCAGAGGAAACUCUUAGAAAGUCACCAUAAAUUUAGGUUUUUGAUACUGCA